GCCGUGGAACGCCUGUAGUGUUCUUGCAUCUCUACCGGCAGAAACAGCAAGACCUCCACGCUUCCGUAAUUAAAGACGACCCCCGGGUUCACCUGCAGGUAAACCAAAGGCUUUGGGGACUCCUGUAGCACGAGGAGUGCUAACUUUUAAUACAGGUGUUGCUCUACUGCAUGCCUCAUAACCACUAAACCUUGGCCUUUUCCUGCAGCCAGCUGCGCUCCUCUGUCCCAGCAAACGGAGAAGCCUCGUGAAUCUCUGGUCAGGAAGCCUCCGCCUGCCAGUGGCUCCUUUACAUGUCUGCAACCAAAAAAAGCCAGGCCUUGCCCACGCUCUGGCUGUAGCCCGCCCUGAAGGCGUAGCUCAGAAGGCCCUCAAGAAGCAGGAAGGGCUUGCCCAAUGCCUGGCUGCGAGGAAGGAGGCGUGAAGGGCUGAGGUCUCUCCAUGUGGGGCAGCGCCAUGUAGAGGCGCCCCGGAGGGGGAGCGGAGAUGCGCGCAGGGACUCGUGGGUAACUGGAGCCCGACAGGCCGGGGAGAUACGUUACAUGAAUGUCCAACGGAGGCAGGUUCGAGUUUGACGAUGGCGGCUGCUAUGUGGGAGACUGGGAGGAGGGCCGGGCGCACGGCUACGGCGUAUGCACAGGCCCCGGGGCCCAGGGGGAGUACAGUGGGCGCUGGAGCCGGGGCUUCGAAUCCCUGGGCGUCUACACCUGGCCCAGCGGGAACACCUACCAAGGCCACUGGAGCCAAGGGAAGCGGAGCGGGCUGGGCGUGGAGCGCAAGAGCAAGUGGAGCUACAAAGGGGAGUGGAGUCAUGGGCUGAAGGGGCGCUCCGGCGUCUGGGAGAGCCACUCGGGAGUCAUCUAUGAAGGCAUGUGGCGCGAGGGCCUGCAGGAUGGCUACGGCAUGGAGACGUACGCUGAUGGAGGUGAGAGGGCCGAUAAAAAGCCCCGAGGCAGGGUGGGGUCCUUUCCAUGCCGUCCCCCUCAUUUGUCCUAGUGUCAAGUUGGCAGUAGGCCCAUUCCCCACUUCACCCACCCAUCCAAACACUGUUUUUCACCAUUUCUCCUCUUCCUUCAUUGCUUGACCAACUCUUCCCUUCUCCGGUUCCCUAAAUCGCUCCGUUGCUCUUGCCACACAGACACCAAUAGUUCUUCAUCACCCAGCCGUUUCUCCCUCUGUCCAUCCAACACAGAGGUGUAGUGGAUAUACUGUGAACCCAGGAGGCACGGGUUCAAAUCCCGGCUUGGCCAUGCGGUUUCAUGAGUAGCCUGGAAAAUGCCAUUCCUCGCUUCAACCAAACCCACUGAAGAUGAAAUACGCUAAACGGAUGGGCUCCCCCAAAACCGAAAUCAACUCGCUCCCACUUCUCCAUCUUGUUUCUUUGUUUUUCUCAGUCCUUUCUAGGUGGACGUUCCCCAUAAGGCCCACCAUUAUUUUACAUCCUUAUUCCUUAUCCCUUCUCCACCUGCCACAAGAAUAGUGUGGACCUCUGGCCCAUGUCCCGUGCUCCUAAGAGACACUGGGUGGUCCUCUUGUAACUGGCAGGCUUGGGGGAUCAUUCCCCUCCUUUCCACUGGGUCAACUUUCUCUUCCUUUCCCCCACCCCUUGCUUUUUCUCCUGCAUUCCCCAACCUGUUCACCCGGCUAACCUCUCUCUUUUUCCACAGGGACCUACCAGGGCCAGUGGCAGUCUGGCAAGCGGCACGGCUAUGGCGUUCGCCAGAGCGUCCCUUACCGCCAAGCUGCCCUGGUGCGCUCGCCGCGCCGCACCUCUCUGGAGUCGCUCCACAGCGAGACCGACCCCAAUGCCCCUGCUCCGCCCCUGCCGCCCCCUCCUCUGCCCCCUCCGCCGCUCCCCGGGGACAGCCCGGCCUCGGGGUCCAGGGGCGGCUUUGUCUUGGCCUUCCCUGGCGAUCCGGACUUCCCCAAAGGCGCCAAGAAGAAAUCGGGGGGCUUCUUCCGGCGUUCCCUGCUCCUGAGCGGGCUACGGGUGCGCAGGGCCGAGUCGAAGGCCUCCUUGGGGAGCAAGCGAGGGUCCCUCAAGAGCGAAGCCGGGGUCAGCUCGGCUGGGAGCGAGGCCACCACGCUCAGCUACGCUGAGACGGAGCCCCCGGAGCUGCCGUCGACGCUGACCAUCGAGGGCUCUUCCACCGAGGUCUAUGCCGGAGAGUGGCGCGUGGACCGCCGCAGCGGCUACGGGGUCAGCCGCCGCUCCAACGGGCUGCGGUACGAGGGCGAGUGGCUGGGCAACCGCAGGCACGGCUACGGCCGCACGACCUACCCCGACGGCUCCAAGGAAGAGGGCAAGUACAAGCUCAACCGCCUGGUGAGUGGGAAGGUGAAGAACCUCAUCCCGCUUCGCCGCAGCAAGGUCAAGGAGAAGGUGGACCGGGCUGUGGAAGUGGCCAGAAGGGCGGUCAGUAUGGCCCGGCAGAAGCAGGAAGUGGCCAUCGCCAGGUGAGGGCAAAAAAGUUGCUUGUGGGUGCGCAGGUGCCGGGAGGCUCCUCCUGUGUAGUUUUAUGGGGAUGUGGCGCUGAGGUAACCGAGGUCACGCCAGCGAACUCUUUCAAACCGUGUUGGUCUUGAGAGAACGCAGCUCAUAGUUGAACUGUGGAACUCGCUGCUGCAGGAAGCAGUGACAGUCGACAGUCUAGAUGGCUCUAAAAGAGGAUGAGGCAAAUUCAGGUGGCUCCUAGUUGCAAUAGCUAUUCUCUGCCUCCACAGUGAAGAAAUAAGGUAAAUUUUGAAAGAAAAGUUAAUGUUAUAAUAAUAUGCAAAAUAAUAUUAACAAUAGCAGUAGAUUUUUGAAAGCAGCUUUACUUCUGAAUACUAGUUGUUGUCAACUGCAGGAAUAGAGUACGAAUCCUGCCUGUGGAUUUUCCACAGGUGUCAGUCACUGUGAGAAGAGGGUGCUGGGCUAGAUUGGCCAUGGAGCUGAUUCAGCAGAGUUCUUCUUAUGUUUGUAUGUUUUUACAAUGGGAGAUGGAUCACUUGAGGGGUUUUUUGUGGGGCGGGGGGAGGAUUAUAAAAAAAGUUGGGAAAGAUAAGUGGGUGGAACGAGUUUUCCACGAAGUUAGAAAAAGGCUUACUUGAGUCCAUUAUGGAAAUGCAUGCAAAUGCUUUGUUGGCUAGCAUUGAAACUGAAAUUGUGGCAACAGUAACUUUGGAGAAAGGUGAAUUGAUCUGUAGGGCAUUAUUGGGAAAACAGGGUGCUUAUUUACAACCGCGCUGGCGCAUUGACAUUUUUGCGAUAGGUCUGAGGGACCCACACUAAAUUUAAUAUUUGCUUGGGAUUAGGGGGCAAAUUAAAUCUCUGCCUUCGAAAGAAAAUGAAUUUAUUUUGGAUUCUAAAAUUCAUCACCUGGGGACAGCUGUUUUCCUCCCCCCCACCCCCCAGAAAGUGUGUCUGUCUGAUGAUUCCUGGGCUCUUCUUCGGAAGUGUGGGCCUAAGCCUUUUUUAUGUCUUGUAGCUCUGGACUUAAAUAGCCUGAGUCCUUCUUCCUGCUUGCCUAACUUUGCACCCUUCCCUCCAGUUUGGGAGCGCAGGAUUAUAAUCCUGUCGCCCAGCUGAAGUUGGGAGUGCUGCUAGCUGGCUGUGCUCGACUCGUGGUGUUCAAGAUAACCAUCUUUCCCCCUCCCUCGCCACAGAGGCAGCCAUUUUAAAAGCAGGACUGGCAGAGCUUCCCUUAACUGGAUCCCUGUCCCAGAAGUGGACAGAUACCUUUAUAAACUCCUCCACGCAUGCCUCCCGGGCAGAAAAUAAGCUCUAAAAGUAAUUAACCAUAGGUGGGAGAAGACCGUAAAGCCUGUGUGUGUAGUUGUUUGCUUUUCUUAAGCUGGCACUUGGAAGGUGAAAGAAAUAUCAACUCUUGAGGGGCUGUCCCUAUGGACUGAGCAUCAGGACCAUCUCUGGCCUUUAAAGCGAAGACAUUUUGAUGGCUCUUGAUGCUUGCCCAGGGCUGCUGCCGCUCACUUUUAUUUCCUCCUCUUUUUUUUAUUUCUCUCCACUCUUUCCCAAUAUAUAUUUCCCCCCAUUUGACUCCAUGUGCCUUUUCGAUGUUCUUGGCCUUCCCUGCUCAUCUGACACACUUUCCUCAUGGCUCGUUCCUCCACUUUAACAUCUAUUCUUCCUUCCUCUCCCUCCUUUAACUUGCAAAUCAAUUGAUUUCCUGCUUUUCACAUGCACACAAAGCUUCAGAAGAGUGUGUGUGGUGUGUAUGGAAGGGGAGAGAAACAUAGCUGUCAACGUUUCCCUUUUUUUAAGGGAAAUUCCCUUAUUCCGAAUAGAAAGAAAAGGGAAAAAUUGACAGCUAUGGAGAGAAAGAAGGGCCAUAUAGCUCAGUGGCAGAGCAUCUCUCUUGCAAACAGAUGGUCCCCACGUUCAAAACCCUGGUAGGUUGGGAGAAGACUCCUGGUCUGAAAACUCUGGGGAUCCAUUGCUGUCAGUCAUUGUGGACAAUUCUGAGCUAGGCGGACCAGUGAUCUGCCUUGGUGUGAGGCAGAUUCCAGAGAGAGAGAGAGAGAGAGAGAGAGAGAAGGGAGGGGAAAGUGUGUGCCUUGUCAGGGUGGAGAACAGGGAGGUAGAGGCUCCGCCAAGGCCUAGCAGCCUAGUGUAGGCUGCCUGGUCUCCUAGGCAACUGGGCAAUGGCAAGGUGAUUGGCUAGUGGCUGCUAUGGCAACAGCAAGCAGCAGCAUCUGCUGGGCAUGGACCAAGGCUGGGCUGGGAUGGAGAGGGGUGGGAGGGAGGGUGGGAAUGAGUUGGGCAGGUGUGAUCUGCACUUGCCCGUGGUGGUAGGGGGAGACCAUAGGGUACGUUCCCAGAGGGGAAAGGGUGGGGGAAGUUGGCUUGGAGGCGUAAAAGCCGUAGGACGAGAUACAGGGUACGUGGAGGAGGGUGAGGGUGGGGGUGUUGGGUUGUUACGUUGUGCAGAAGCAGACUGUAAGUGUAGGUGGCUCGCAGGUUGCUGCGUGGGUGAUCAGAAACAAGGUGUUGUGAGGGUGGGCACGCAGACUGGUGCGUUCUGCAAGGAGCAGAGCAGGCUGAGGGUGGGAGAGGCACUGGCUGUCGAACCAAGCAGUCUUGGCAAAAUUCACUCUUUUAUUUAUUUUUUUGGUUAGCUAUGUGAAAACGGUUUUUGAAACGUACUGGGGACGUGCAGCUAUUAAAACACUAUGCUUAAAUGCUGACUCUAAACACGCUCACGAGGAGCCAAGUCUCGCUGACGCCGACAGAAUUUACCUCUGAGGCACUGCUGCUUAGAUGUGUUGAACGUGGUGUGUGUGUUUCUUCUGGGGUACGGCAAGGGAUUGAGGGAUACCUGCCCCCUCCUAGAUGGUUCUCAUCCUUAUCAACUUCUGGAAAUUUGAAAUGGUGGUACGAUGCCCAUCGCUCAGAGACAGACAGCAUGGGGGCAAAAAGGAGGGGGGCUUCCUUUAUAGGACUUACUAUUAAAAAAAGAAGAAGCAAAGUGAUGCUUUAGCUUCAGGACUUCCUGUGAAAGAGGAGCUGUGUCACAAAAGAAACUGGGACUCGAUUUUCUAGGAGUUGAGGCCGUUUCACGCUUGACACAUUUUGCUAGGAUCCGAUUCCCAGAGGAGUUUGUUUUGCUGCUUUCCAUCCAAGGUCUCCCAUAGCGGCAUACAAGAAAAAUUAAAAAUCUAUAGGAAAACCAGCAGAUUAGAAAAGAGAGCGACGAUCUCAACGAUAAAGUUAGGCAGCUGGCAGACAGAACAAAGACCAGGGGAGAGGAACAAAAUAGAAACCACAGUAUUGUGUCAAAAAGAAAUCCCACUGGAAAAGGAUGGUCUCCAUCAUCCUUUGGAAGGAGGAGGCGGCUGUGUCUCUUUGGGGCAGUAGAUCCUGAAAUAAAGUGCCAGCAUUGGUGUGUAUCCUUUCCCCAAACAGGAAUGGCAUUGUGUUUGAAGGAGCCCAAAGAUAAGCUCUCUGUUUUCUGGCAAAUAUUUUAAGAAGCAGCAGGUUUCCUAACAGUUAUGCAUUCUCUAAAAGUCAAUAAAAUAGCUUGAGGUAUUCAAAAGAUUUUCAGAAUUAGUUUGCCGGGCACUACAGUGACCUGGUUUACACAUGACACAAAACCAUGGUUUGUUUAAGCCACAGUUCAUUUAAGUAACCAGGAAUUAACCACAAGUUGUCCCACAGGUGAUCAAACAAACAGUGACUUAUUUCUCCCCCCAAAUUUUUCCCCCCAACCCCUCUUGUCUCAGGCAUUUAUAGCUCAAUGAGCUUCUGGGAUGGUAAAACAAACCAUAGUUAUGACAAGAUUUACACAUGAUACCAAGGCCCAGUUAAAAUAAACCAAGCUUCGCAAGCCAACAACAAUCUAUGGCUUCUCACUGUGGUCUGUUGGCAGUAUCCAAAGCGUGGUUAGGCAAUGUUCAGACAAUAAACCAUUCUUUGGUUAACCAUAGUUUAACAAACCACUGCUUGGCAUUUUGUGCAAACUAGGUCAGUGGUUUCUAAUAGCUAUUAGACACAUGCAGUUAUUAUUAAUUCACUUUAUAUCCCCCUUUCCCAUGGACUCCUAUGUCCAAAGCUGCUUAUAAUAUCAGUACAGUGGUACCUCAGGUUACAUACGCUUCAGGUUACAUACGCUUCAGGUUACAGAUUCCGCUAACCCAGAAAUAGUAUCUCAGGUUAAGAACUUUGCUUCAGGAUGAGAACAGAAAUCGUGCUCCAGUGGCACGGCAGCAGCAGGAGGCCCCAUUAGCUAAAGUGGUGCUUCAGAUUAAGAACUGUUUCAGGUUAAGGACAGACCUCCAGAACGAAUUAAGUACUUAAUCCGAGGUACCACUGUAGUAACAAACAAGGCAGACACCAUGGAAGGCAACAGAACUAAAACUGUAGGUUGAAAUUGACAUGUUCUUUAUCAGUAACAUGUUAUUGAACCUUAAUAGAUUGUCUAAACAAGUAAUAUUUCAGAGCCUGCCUAAACAGGCAGCGUGAUGGCUCUUGCCAGAGACUGCAUCCCAUAAUUUUGGUGCUAAAAGGUUGUCCUCGCUGCCCCCCCCCCCCAUUAAACCUCUGAUGUUGACUGUAUGGAGAAGAGUUUAAAGGCUCUGGCAGGUAGAUAGUUUUGCUGCUACUGUAAAGGCAUUUUCACAUACAUGAAUUCAUGAGUUGGUAGGUUGGGGAUUGAGUCUCGGUUUCCUGUCCCCACAUAUUUAUCUCAAGGUCUUCUAAAGUGGCAGUGCCCUCCACUUUUAUUAUUAUUAUUAUUAUUAUUAUUAUUAUUAUUAUUUUUACUACAACUCCCAUCAACCUCUGGCCCCACAAGAGGACAGGAAGAGGUCAGAGUUAGAUUAGGCAGAGGCCUUCUUGAAAAGCUUUGCCGUUUAGUUGUCCAUUUUUAUUUAUUAAUUUAUCACAAUGCCUUUUUCUGAACCCCAAAGCAAGUAAGUAAAACAAAAGUUUGCUGUGCAUAGGAGAAAGCAGGCCAGGUCUGUACGGCUGGUCGUAUUUGGCCAGUGGAAAACAGACUGUAGUAUUUAGUAAUUUGGGAAAGGGAAUGAGAUCGGUCAUUACCGCUGCACUGGGCGCUGAGCCUAGGGGGCGCUGCGGGGUGCCACAACUGAUGUAGUGAGCUGUGCAGAGCAGAAGGCAAGAUGUGGGCUGAAUUUUGGGCUUGCACAGGGUGCCACUGAAAUUUGAAAGGCCCAAGUCUGCCAUUGCUGGAAAUAACAUUUGUUGUUGUUUUUUUCCUUUUUUUUUUAAAUGAUAUUUAUUAAAAUUUCAAAAGAAAAAGAUCACAUUAAUAAGAAAUUUCACAAUAAAAUGAAAAAAUACAAAAUACAAAGUACAAAAAAGAAAAAAACAGUUAAAAACAAUUCCAUCUUUUCAUCACUUCUUUUACAUUUACUUGUUUCCCAGACCUCCUCAUACCUCCCUCUUUUGUAUUCUAAUUCAAUUUGUUAGUCCAGCGAUUCCUUUCCCUCCUUUUUAAUCCUGAUCCUUAAUCUUGAUAUAUUAUAACAUUAAAUUUUUAGAUAUUAAAAACCAAUUUUUCCAUAUUCUUUUAUACCAUUACCGCUAGAAACCGCUUAACUUCAAUCCGUCAUCAUUCUAACAUUCAUUAAUUUUGCAAUAUUUCUGUAAGUAGUCUUUAAAUUUCUUCCAAUCUUCUUCCACCGACUCUUCUCCCUGGUCUCGGAUUCUACCAGUCAUUUCCGCCAAUUCCAUAUAGUCCAUCAUUUUCAUCUGCCAUUCCUCCAGUGUGGGUAGAUCUUGUGUCUUCCAAUGUUUUGCAGUAAGUAACAUUUGACUGGUUGGGGUGCAGGGAUCCUGUGGCACUCCAGACAUUUUUGCCGGACUACAAUUCCCACCAGCCCCAGUUAGUGUGGGUAAUGGCUGGGGAUGAUGGGAGUUGGAGUUCCACAAAGCAUCUUGAGCAUGGGUAGGCAAACUAAGGCCCGGGGGCAGGAUCCAGCCCAAUCACUUUCUAAAUCCAGCCCACGGAUGGUCCGGGAAUCAGCGUGUUUUUACAUGAGUAGAAUGUGUCCUUUUAUUUAAAAUGCAUCUCUGGGUUAUUUGUGGGGCAUAGGAAUUCGUUCAUUUUUCCCCUCCAUAAUAUAGUCCGGCCCCCCCACAAGGUCUGAGGGACAGUGGACCGGCCCCCUGUUGAAAAAGUUUGCUGACCCCUGAUCUAGAGGGCCUCAAGUUCUUCAGCCUUGCAUUAGACUGUAUGAGGCAGAACUCCUCAGGCAGCUGAUUUGGGUGUCAUUUUUAAAAAGUUCUAGAUUCCGAUAGGUAGCCGUGUUGGUCUAACACAGUCAAAAUAUAUAUAAAAAAUAAAGAAUUGUAGCACUUUAGAGACCAACUAAGUUUGUUCUUGAUGUAAGCUUUCGUAUGCACGCACACUUCUUUUUUAUUUUUUAAGAUAUUUAAUUAUAUAUAUAUAUAUAUAUAUAUAUAUAUAUAUAUAUAUAAUAUUUUAUAUAUUUUGAUGUUUUAAAAAGUUGUAUUUUGUUUCCUGACCGCCAGGAAAGGGGAAGCGUUUGGUUUUCUGUCCCAGGUGACAAAGUAACUUGGUUGGCCUUGUGUACAAUACACCUUGAAUUUUAUUUAUUUGUUGUUUUGGAAGUGGGGAGGUCAGCAGUUGCUGCUCUGCUUGAGGCAGCCAAUAUAUGUUUUGGGCUGGCCUUGAGGGUGUCGUGAGAAAAAUGCCCACGUCUCCACCUCAACCAUGCAGUUCUCUGAAGCCCUCUUUCCCUCGCAGAGCCGCUGACGCUCGUCUGAAGGCUGCCACCGCUCUCGGUGCAGCGGAGAAGGCCCUGGAAGCUGCGCGCCUGGCCAAAAUUUUGGCUCAAGAAUUGCAGCCCAUCUUAGCCGAGCCAGGUAAGAAAUAUUUGGGAUGGCUGGGGCAGGGGGAGUGGGGGUUUACCCUGGGAAUAAACGCCUUUAUGGCAAAUUUUCCGGGAGGAACACUUUGGGGGUUACACUAUGUCUGACUGUCUUUCUUCCAGGUGGAUAUGGGGUGGUGAAAUUUGACUGGGUUUGCACGUAAAAGGCAAAAUGUACCUAACACGGCCUCUCUUUUGAAAUCCGCACAUCUCUGAAUUUUGCAAUGCAGUUUUCCGGCCAGGAAAUGUGGGCAGAAAAUCCACCCAAAGUGUGGAUGGAGAUGCAUGAGAUCAGAUCAGAUUAUUGGGGGGAAAUUGCUUUGCAGAAAUGUGUGCAUGUUUGUGUACAAAAUUGCAAUCUGCGUUGAAACGCUGAGGAAUUUUCACGAGGAAUGGAUUUGCCGGCUGCUGUGGGAAAAUGGAGAACUGGACAUGAGAUGACUUCGUGGAGGACAAAGGCUAUCAAAAGCUAUGCUCUAGCUUUGCGGUCAUAGGCGUUCAGUCUCUGAAUAUCAGCUGCUGAGAAUCGCAAGAGGGGGAGAAUGUGGCUGCGACCACGUCAGGCUUCCAGGCUUCCUGCAAGCAUCUGGUCGGAUGCUGUGAGAACAGGAUGCUGGUUUAAACAGGCCGUUGGCCUCAUCCAGCAGACUCUUCUUCAGUUCUUAAUAUUGGGAAAAUGAGAAACUGAGAGAAACAAAAAUUGGCAGAUUCAUCCAUCCUUACUUCCAUUUGUUUCCUUGGGAACAUUUUUUUCUGUAAAGGUAAAGGGGACCCUAACCAUUAGGUCCAGUCGUGGCCGACUCUGGGGUUGCGGCGCUCAUCUCGCUCUAUGGGUCGAGGGAGGCGGCGUACAGCUUCCGGGUCAUGUGGCCAGCAUGACUAAGCCGCUUCUGGCGAAACCAGAGCAGCGCACGGAAACACCGUUUACCUUCCCGCCAGAGCGGUACCUAUUUAUCUACUUGCACUUUGAUGUGCUUUCGAACUGCUAGGUUGGCAGGAGCAGGGACUGAGCAACGGGAGCUCACCCCGUCACGGGGAUUCGAACCACCGACCUUCUGAUCGGCAAGUCCUAGGCUCUGUGGUUUAACCCACAGCGCCACCCGCGUCCAUUUUUUCUGUAAGAAGUGCUUUUUAUUUUUCCAUUUCAAGAGGAAUUUGGGUGUACAUGUGGGACCCCUGCGUUACAUAGGGUAUUUCUUAUCUUCUGGAGUACAUGGACUGAUCUUGGUCUGACACAGCAGAGAGGUUGGGAUUUUGGUUCAACGUUAGGAUUUUGUGUGUGGUUUCUACCAUAAAUUGGCUUUUCGACCUAAACUCCUCUCUCCCGCUCUCCUGAGAGCCGCACAGCUCACUCAGUAAUCCUGGUUUCUAUCCUUAAUGCUACUGUAAGCUCUUUGAAGGCAGAGAUCUUUCUAUUUUGCUUGAGGGACUCUGCAAAGUCCCAAGUGUGUUGAUGGUGUGCAAUUUCUUUCUCUCUCUGUGUGUCUCCCAUGUGUCCUGCCUCGAGCUCCUUGGAAUGGCAGGAGCUAGAUGCAGGUGAAGGUUGGCAAUUUUUUAAAAAACACCAGUGUCUUUAUUCAAAGAAACCAAAACAGCACAGGCCUAGCGAUCCCAUAAAUUCUUCCCUGUAGGUCUUGCCCCAGAGAGGCUAGGACUGAAAGUCCCCCUGCGUUCCCACAGCUCCCAAAGUCCACUCCUCUCUGGGUUGGUUUUCCCAAGCAAUCGGAGACUAUGUCUGAGCGCAACCAGUCUUUCCUCUGCUCUUUUCACUUCUCUCUGUGUUCUGGGAGACCAGGAAGCUGUUUGCAGCAGGAGGGGGAGACUCCCUGGUUUCUUCAGCAGCCUGACUCAUCUCUGUCUCCUGCCCCCCCUCCUCUCCUGCCGCUGAGUCUGAACUGCUGUCUGCCCCAGCCUCUCCCCACUCACAAAGCCCUGUUACUUCUUCUGCUUCUGUGUGCCCCACCACAACCCCCUGCUUCUGAGCCUUCUUUCCUUGGGGGUUCCCCAGCUUGUGCCCCCCCUCCUCUGCAUCCAGCCAGUCAAUGACACGGAGGAAAUAAAUGUGACAGAUAUAAUUUCUCACCGUAGUCACUUACCCCAUUGGAAGUCGAGAUGCCUGCAUCUUAGUUCAGGGGAAGGGGAGCUCUCCAGCUCAGAAGUGCAUGCAGAAAGUGGCAGGUUUAAAUCCUCGAAUAGGGUUGGGAAGAACUCCGGCAUUAAAGUCUGGAGAGUUGCAGAUGAACCCAAUCGCCUGGCUCAGGAAAAGGCUGCUUUUUGUGUUGUCAGCUCUUCUUCUUUUUGAAAUCUUUUUUGUUGGCUCUUAUAAUUGCAAAAUAAUAAAAAAAUUCUUUAUAUAAUCAAUCCAUGAGAUUCUCUGAAUCUCGUGCCUCCCCCCCUUGCAUGGGUCCUAAUAACAAUUUUUUUACCAGUCUACAUAUCAAUAUAUUCUCCAUACUUCUCAUAACUAUGUUAUACAUAAACCUCGUUGCUUUACAAGUGAUUCUUACAGUCCAGCUAACGUUUUAAUUUACUUACAGUGUUCUCAGGUAAAUUAUUAAUUUCCCCCAUUAUUUUUAAAAGUCCUUAUCUUCUUGAUUCCUGAGUCUCCCGCUUAAUUUUGCCAUCUCGCCGUAGUCCACCUUGCCAUUCUUCCUUAGUCGGAAUUGUUACUACUUUCCAUCUUUGGGCUAAUAAAAGUUGUGCAGCUGUUGUCGCAUACAUAAAAAGUCUUUUCUGUUCUUUUGGGAUCUUGGUACCUAUAAUUCCUAAUAAAAAGGCUGCUGGUUUUUUUAAAACAAGAGUUAUUUUAAGCAUUUUCUUCAAUUCAUUAUAUAUCAUUUCCCAAAAUGAUUUUGUUAUCUUACAUGACCACCACAUAUGAUAAACGGUAGCCUCUUUCUCUUUACACUUCCAGCAGCUAUUUGAACUUGUUGUAUACGUUUUAGCUAACUUAGUAGGAGUCAAAUACCACUGACCAGCUCUGCCCUUCUUGGUCUCUUCCACCUGGAGACAGAAUCCUGAGUGCGAGCCCUUCCACCACCUGCCCCAGCUCCCGGCCACCCUGGUUACCGUACCUCGCAAUGCCCCACUUCCUGUGCCUUUGAACCAAGGGCUCUGACCCCCUGGCUCCUUCUGCUCUAACCACUAGGCUCCUCUCCUUCCCCAGAGCCCCGCGGCCGGCUAGAUUCGGAAGGCACCGACACGGACUUCCAGGAGUACGACAGCCCCCGGGUCUACGAGAACGGCAUCACCCCCUCCGACGUCACCCCGGACCCGAGCUUGCCCCCCAGUUACCCUCCGACGCCGCUGCAGCCCUGGCGGGGGGACCCUCGGCGGACUUGGCCCCCCCUGGAGAACGGAGGCCCCCGCCAGCACCUCCCCCCGGAGGCCUCCGACCCUGAGGACGAGUGGGGCUGCCGGGGGAGCUUCCCUUCCCGGACACCGGGGUUCGUCCCCGAGGGGCUGUGGGAGGGGGAGCAGGAGCAGCUCAGCAGCUAUGAGGCGGAGGAGGAAGAUUACGAAGGGGCGCCCCCCCGGCGCCCCCAGUUGGGCAGCCCCGCCAGCGGCAGUUCCGGCAGUCUCCGGGAGGAAGAGGAGGAGGAAGAAGAGGAGGAGGAGGAAGGAGCAGCAGCGGCUUCCAGGCCUUAUCCUACAGAGACCCAGGUGGAGCCAACGCCGGCAGGAGGUCCGGGGGCCCCAGAGCUGGAGAGCGAGGAACUGCCUGGGGGUAUGGGGUCUUUCAUGGCAGAGAGAGAGGAGCCCCCUGGAGCUGUGCGGAGAAGGGAGAGGCAGGUAAGAGCUCAGGUCGUAUGACUUUCCUGCUGCCGUAGCCCCACUAGGCUGCAUAGGGUGUGAAACAGGACAGAGGUGCCUUGGAUUGUGGACCUCUCUCUCCUCGGGGGCCACGAGACGCCCAGCUCCCCAGUCGCAGAAGAGCGUUUCCUCUGCUGACAGAAAUGUCCCAAUUUUGCUUCUUCCGGUUAAAACUUGGGUGAGGAGACUUUUUCACUCCCAGGGCCACACAGCCAGGGAGGGGAACCUUCCAGAGGCCUCAUGCCAGUGGUGGGUGGGGACUGGGGCAAAAGUGGGCGGGGCAACAGCUGUGUUUUUACACAUAGGUAAAGGUAAAGGGACCGUUGACCAUUAGGUCCAGUCGCGGACGUCUCUGGGGUUGCGGAGCUCAUCUCGCUUUAUUGGCCGAGGGAGCGUCCGGGUCAUGUGGCCAGCAUGACUAAGCCGCUUCUGGCGAACCAGAGCAGCGCACGGAAACGCCGUUUACCUUCCCGCUGGAGCGGUACCUAUUUAUCUACUUGCACUUUGACGUGCUUUCGAACUGCUAGGUGGGAAGGAGCAGGGACCGAGCAACGGGAGCUCACCCCGUGGCGGGGAUUCGAACAGCCGACCGUCUGAUCGGCAAGCCCUAGGCUCUGUGGUUUAACCCACAGCGCCACCCGCGUCCCGUUUUUACACAUACAAACCUCUGUAUCCAUCCCGAGGCGCUAUCAGAGCUCAAGGGCUCAUUUCAGGCAGGCAAAACCCCUCAGGGAGGGUGAUGGGCCCAAUUAAGUGUUGUGGCCAAGGGGGCGGGGAAACCAUUGGUGGGCGGGGCCAGGGACAAAAGUGGGGCGGGGCUAUGAAUGCCAAGAGGCAUUGCCACGGACAGAAACACUCAAAAGAUGGUGUGAAAUAGGGCCAGUGAGGGGGUGUGGCCUGGGAGACUCCUAAGGGCCAGAAAGAGGGGCCCAGGGGCCACAUUUCUUCUCCAGGCCUCAGGUUCCUUGCUCACCCACCUCUCUUUUAAAGGAGGUGGGAAAUAGUGUUUUUCUGCCCUGGAGAUUUGCUGCCAGAGACAGCAAAAUUGUGUUGGAUGGUGUAAGGCAGCUUCCACAGGAGGGAAAGGAUCCACAUUUGUGUUUAUAGGAGAAGCCGACGGAGGGAAGCUGGGACUUUUGCCCUCGGGAGAGUGAGGCCUAGUGAGCCCCCCGGAGAGGCAUGUUUGGAUAUCGCAGAACAUGUCGCUUCUGUGCUGUCAUAACUGCAAACACACAGGCAUUGCUGCGAUUUCCAUUUUGCAUGUGUUUUGGCAGAUGAUUAGUAGGCAGGCCAUGAGCACGUGAAGCUGUCCCUCGAACGCUGAGGAAAAACUGAGCCGGCGGAACGUCUACAUCUCACGCAGAUCUUAAAAGGCACAAAACCUCUGUUAAAAGGGGUCAGGACGAUGUUUCUGUGGCACAAAAUAGGCUGUGUGUUAACCAUCCAUUUCAGCCCUUCAUUGGUUAUCUUUUUCUCCCCAGUGAUGUGGAAAAUGCUGUUAUAUAUAUAUAAAUUAGGGUCACUAUUUCUCAGAUUUGAAUAGAGUAAUGGCCUUGGAAGAUUUUCUGAAUCCCUAGAGUGAGGAACCUGAGGCCUGUGGCCCUUAUGUGGCCCUCCAAGCUUUCCAACCUGGCCCUUGAGAGUCUCCCAAGCCACCCCUCUCACCAGACCUACUUAGCAACGUCACUCAAGUGUUUCAGUCUGUGGCAAUACCUCUUGGCUGGAGGCCGCGGGCUGGGUGAUACCUGGUUCUCAACAUCACGAUAAAUCACCAGCUAAAUAUUGCAAUAUACCGAUAUAUCACAACAUCUGAAAUAAGGAUGGCGCUUUGUAAAGGCAUUGGCUGGUUUCAUAGUUUUUCCUGCAUUGUGAUUUUUGCAUAGCACACACAUCAUGAUUUGCAAUAUGUUGCCAGGCCAAAAAUUAUGAAACUGAUAUCACAAUAUGGACUGGUUUUGGAUGAUAUGUUGAUAUAUCGCUCAGCCCUAGGUGGGAGUGUGGAAACUAGGGACCUGUGCAAGGCUCACCUUUGCAUUCGUAGCUCCGCCCGCUUUUGCCUCUGGGCCCCGCCCACCACUGGCUUCUCCUCCCCUUUGGCCCUACAGAGCCAGCUAUUUGCACUUGGUGCCUGUCUUUUCACUGUUUCUAAGGAAGUUAUGAAAUUUGGGGAUAGGUGGGGUGGAUGUCCUGCUUCACAUCACAUUUCUCCUCCACCUCUGCCUCACUCAGCCCCACCUUCUGCUGCCCCCUCUGGUCUGGGGCACUAGGAACCCAGAGGCCGACACGGCACCCAGCUCCCUUAACCCAGUUUGCACCCGCAGCCGCCGGGGAUUCUCAGGUGUCAUGCAGCUUAAAAUCCCUGGGCUGAGUAGCAGCGAAACCAAAAACUGGGGCAGUAGAACUUUGCUGUGCUGUCUCUCAGUAUCUCUUUAAGGUAGGCUCUCCCCAGAGGGCUACAGAAGCCCUGCAGAGGCUUGGAGAUUUGCCCUGGUGUUUUGAACACAAGAGUAUGGUGGGAAUCGCAGCAUCGAGCUGUAAUCUACGGAAAGAAAAAAGCGCUUUUCUCCGCAUACACAGAAGCUCCCACCCCCAAAUAUUCUGGGGCAAGUUCCCAGCAGGAGAUCGAAACACCCCCAAACCUCUUUUCCCAGCACCCCACCCCACAUUCAGACUCUGUAACUGUGCCCCUCUUGCAAGACCCGGGAGUCCUUGCCCCAUGCUGACCCCAUAGGUCCGACCUACUUCCUCCGAGGAAGCAACAGUUCAAUUGUUAAGUCUUUAAGGUGCCACAAGACACCAUUUUUUGCCGCAAAAGACUGGGAGCAAUUAGAGCCUAGCUAGUUCCCUUCCUGUGGGUCCUCAUCAGAACCUUUUGCCCUCCAUCCUCUCAGCCUAUUUCCUGAAACUAAUAUUCCGUUGCUUCCUAAGCCCCACUGCCCUCGAGAACAGAGUGUCUGAUUUCCACUACUGUCCCCUUCCGUUGUUUUCUCUUCCUGCCUCCCUCCAUUUUCUCUAUUUCCUGAGCUCCACGUUUUGUUCUGAGUUCCUUUUCCCCCCUUCCCCUGGACCUAGAAGUGAUGAUACUGGCAGGAAGAAAUGGGAGGGGCCGGAGCGGUGGGGGGAGCCUAGUUGCCAGGCCUCCAAUGGGGAUUGGCCGGCAUUCUUCCUCCCGUCUCAUAGCAACCAGCAUCCCGCACUCAGCAGCAUCUCUCUCUGGUCCCUCCUUCCCUACUGCAGCAACGCUUGGCCCUGCCCAUCGCUGGAGAGCCGCAGUGGGGGACACUGGGAGUUGCUGGCAAGCAGGACUGCGGGUCAUAAAUAAUCCAGAGGUCCUGGUCGGAAACAGCAAAGAGGGCAGAGCUGCGUCCAGCCCUCCCCCCCCCAGGGGCCGCUCUCCCUUUCCCAAAGCGCUCAGGAAGAGUAAACGAUAAUCAGGUAUCCGGGCGAAGGAUCCGUUUGGACAUUUGCCCACCCUUUGUGGUUGUCAAGAGCCAUGUGGACACCCCACACCCGUCCGGUGUGUUGUGCCUCCCCCCCCCCCAUUUAACACAGCCCCACGCGGCUGGCUGGAAUGCUGACUCCCGAGUAAUUCCCCCCACGGUUCAUUUAAGAGGGGAAUUGCGCACGAAAGGACGGCACCCUGCCGGGAGGAGGAGAAAUAGCUAGCCCCUCCUCUUCCCAGCAAGGAGGCUGGGGGUGCCUGAUCAGCUCCCACCCAUUGCCUUCCCAAAUGAAACCCCCCCUCACUGCAGCAAGAAGGGGAAUGCGAGAGGAGGGCUCGCUACACAGUCCGUCCUAAAACCAGAGCAAUUGAGCUGAAGAGGAGUUUUGGUCGAGGCUCAUGACGACUCAAUAUUCCGAUUCAAACUCCUCAGCAGGGCCCUUCCUCAGCCUGCCGGCCCCCGGAAUCUGGUGCUCAGAUAUAUCACUCCUGGACAGGGAGGCUCCAUUUUGAUACUGCUUACGAGACGUGGCUUUAGGAGAACUGAAAACGGGCAGGAAGCAAUGCCAAAACUACCAUUUGCCAGCUGCGCUGUUGAGCCUUCCCCAGGGAGACAUGGUGGGUGAUGUCUGCAUCCUUUUCACCCGGGAUAAUAAUAAUAAUAAUAAUAAUAAUAAUAAUAAUAAUUUAUUCUUUAUACCCCGCCCAUCUGGCUGAGUUUCCCCAGCCACUCUGGGCGUCUUCAAAUCAAGUGUUAAAAACAAUACAGCAUUAAAUAUUAAAAACUUCCCUAAACAGGACUGCCUUCAGAUGUCUUUUAAAAAUAGGAUAGCUGCUUAUUUCCUUCGCAUCUGAAGGGAGGGUGUUCCACAGGGCAGGCGCCACUACCGAGAAGGCCCUCUUCCUAGUUCCCUGUAAUCUCACUUCUCACAAUGAGGGAUUCGCCAGAAGGCCCUCAGCGCUGGAUCUCAGUGUCCGGGCUGAACAAUGGGGGUGGAGAUGCUCCUUCAGGUAUACAGGACUAAGGCCGUUUAGGGCUUUCAAGGUCAGCACCAACACUUUGAAUUGUGCUCAGAAACGUACUGGGAGCCAAUGCAGAUCUCUCAGGACCGGUGUUAUGUGGUCCCGGCGGUCACUCCCAGUCACCAGUCUGGCUGCCGCAUUCUGGAUUGAUUGCAGUUUCCGGGUCACCUUCAAAGGUAGCCCCAUGUAGAGCGCAUUGCAGUAGUCCAAGCGGGAGAUAACUAGAGCAUGCACCACUCUGGCGAGACAGUCCGCGGGCAGGUAGGGUCUUAGCCUGCGUACCAGAUGGAGCUAGUAGACAGCUGCCCUGCGCCUCCAUGGACAGCUGUGAGUCCAAAAUGACUCCCAGGCUGCACACCUGGUCCUUCAGGGGCACAGUUAUCCCAUUCAGGACCAGGGAGGGAUGGGGGAACCUGAUCUCCAGGUGGACUCAUAGCUCUCAUCAGCCCCCGUCAACAUGGCCAGGGGAGCAAUGGCUGGAGGGAGACUGGUUCCCCAUUCCUGUUCUGCAGCCACCCAGCUCAGAGCUGUACCCGCCCCGCCCCCAGUUUGAAAACUCUUUGCACCUUCCGGGUCAGCGCCAUUGGUGAAUGGCGGAGUUCCUCCGAUAGGAGGAACGGGCUCCGUGAAAACUGGGUCUUCCCGCCGCGGCGAAGGUGGGGACCCGCUAGAAAUCCCAGGCGGAGGAAGCCUGGGAACGUGGGGUUCGGCAGGGCACCAGAAGCGCCCCCCUACUCGCGGGGAAUCCCAGCUAGGGGCUCCGGAGCGAAGUGGGGUGAGAAGCGCGGUGCUACGAACUGACUGCUACUUUCACGGAGUGAAGCCGCACAGCCAUUGCCAGAGAGCGCUGACUUUUUCCUGUGGACAAUUGGACCUAAACAAGUACCCGUGAGUAGAAAUGGAAAAUUGGAUCAAGAAAUUGCUUUAAUUUGGUAUCGAAGUGGGAAGGUGCAAACAGGAAGUCCGCCUUCCGCUUUUUUGUAUAUAGACUAAAGCAAAAAUUUUGCAAGCUAAAGCCGAGAAGUUGUUAAAAAAGACUAAAUUUCCCUCAUUUAGAACCACUGAAACCCCCCUUGGAAGCAGGAGAAAAGGGGGGGAACUUCGCUUAAUCCCAGCAGGAGAAGGAGUGAAGAAGGAUAAGUUUCCACUGUCUCUAACCUGAGAACGGGGUGUCAGAGACAGAAAAUUGUUGGAGAGGUUCAUUAACUGUGAACGUAACACUUUGACAGAUAGCUAAUGAAGAGAAACAAGUUGAUUCUAAUGUUGCCUUUUGCAUCUUAAAGAAACAAAAUACCUGAAAAAUAUCUGAAGUAUCUGGAAAAUAAAAGUAACUUUCCUUUGUCUUAAAAAAAAAUAAUAAUUGGAUACAAGUAGAUUGUCUCCUCUAGAGGGAGCUUGCUAAAUUGUUGCUGCAGCAUAUUUGAGACCCAACAUCUGUGAGAUAAAAACUGUGGGAACAGUCUUUUCUGACCUUGAACGAAGAUGAGCUGGGAGAAAGACUGGGUGCUUGCUCUAUGUAAGACAAAUGCUUUGUUGGAACAGAUGCAUGAGAAGAUGGACUUGAUGAAUGAGAAAAUGGAUUUGACUGUUGUGGUUAAUAACAUUGAUACAGAAAUCAUCCAAGAACCAAUUUAUCAAUCUGCACUGACUGGGCAAGUGCAGAUGACAAUGGAGGAGGAUGCGGCUGCACCUCAAAUAGUACAAAUGGAGAGACCCGAGGCCCUACAGGAGCAUAAGCCGCUGUUUUUGAAAAUUGAAGUUGGAGUGGGCCAAGGGGAGUCUGGAGACGAGGAGGUUCCUAGCCUUGGAGAGACCUUGAAAUUUGAUCUUAAAUUCAUUUUGAAUUAUAUCGAGGAUGUGGGGAGUGGGACUGUGGGGAACGGGUGAGCUGGAUGAAGGGUGAUGGAGAUAAUUUGGGGUUGGAAUUCCCCAAAGACCUACUCCUCAAUGAGAAAGGAAAGAAACUAAGACAGAGACCAACAAAAGACAAGGAAAAGGGCAAGUACAAACAAGAUGAAGAAGAAUUGCAGAAGGGACAUGGAAGAGAUUUAAGGGCCUCGGACAUAAGGCUUCCAGGUUGAUGGACUAGAUGGAAUGGACAAUAAGGACUGACAUGACCCGUUACCAGGAAGAAGAGACGCUGGAUGAUGAUUGAAAGAGAAUUUAUAAUGGGAAUUUUUUAUUUUAGAAUUAGCUAAUGAAUAUUAGGGAAAAUAUGUGGGAAUGAAACUAUACGACUCUAGCAGAAAUGAUAUUAGGAGCUAUGUAUAUUUGAAAUUUAAGAUUUAAGUUUUAAGGCACUUAGGGGUAAGAUAAGGUCAAAUAAAUUAAGGUAAUUUGAAUAACAGAAUAUGGGGAAAGAUGGUAAGGAUUUAUUGAAAUAAUUACGAAACUAGAAUACAAAAACGGAGGUGUGAGGAGGUCAAUGAAACAAGCAAAUGGAAAUUAUGGAUAUGCAAUCUGGGUUUUGUGUGCUUUUUUUUUCUUUUUUCCUCCUUUUUUCCUUUCUUUUGCUGUAUUGUCGUAUUGGUUUUUCAUGUUUUUCAUAUUUUGUGCUUUUCUCUUUUUUUAAUUACUUGUCUUUUUUUCUUUUUUGUAUGGUAGCGUUGUUUUUUAUUUGUUCUUAUUCUUGUAAUUUUGAAAUUAUCAAUAAUUUUUUUUAUUUUUUUUAAAGAAAACUCUUUGCACCUUCCCUACCCAAGAAUCCUGGGAAUUUUUGCCACAGUGCUAUGAAUUUAUUUGGCUAGCAAGCCCUGACCCUUUCUUAGCGAUCCUCAGUUGGGUUUAUUUUCUAUUACAUUUCCCCCCACUGCCCUUUGUUGCAAACUACACCAGGAGAAUAUCGAGAGGAAACAGGCCUUCAGGUUUUGGGGUCCCCAAAUCAUUUAGUCAUUUGCAAUGUCGACGUAUGUGCCUUGAAUAGGGCUCAGAAACAAAUAGCUUGUUCCAAUGAUUACGGUAAUCUGAAGGCUUUGUGUUCACAGUCUGAAGACAUUUUGGCACUCCUAAAUGUUUGUAUCGGCACCAGUGAUACUUGUACUCAGAAAUAUGCAAGUAAACGUUUUUUAAAAGAAGGGAGAGAGAAUCAAGCGCGAAUGUUCUGCGGAAUGUUUGAAUCUGUGCGAAAUUUCGUUUUAAGUUUGCGGCGGGUGUGGGCCGGUCUUUCUGCCUGACUCCUCCCCUUUCCCCCUUCUCUCUCUUCCAGGGAGCCCACCCAUUGGUCGUUGCUGCUGUCCUGUUGAUUGAUGUGAGCCUGGCCUACCUGUUCUCCCUCCUCCUCACUUGAGAUGGGUGGGGGCAGAGGGGGUGCCUUUGACCCCGUCCCCCCCCCAACGCCCCACGACGACGGUUUGGUAACAGACUCCAAUCUCCUCCAUCCUCUGCCUUUCUUCCUGGAACCCCCCCCCCCUUUCUCUUUUUUCACUCGUCUUUACACCCCCCACCCCUUUGCUGCCUCCUCCCUCCUCCUCGACCUUUCUAGAUUGUUUACAUACGAAGGGCUCUCUUUCUACUGGAGAUUUCACUGUUUUUUCUUGCUCUCUUUUCCUGGUCUUUUCACCCUAGCUCCAUAAUCCAUCUUUCUUAACCCACACUUUGAAACUUGGGCUGGGUCUUUUCACAAUUAUCUUAAUGGGGGGAGUUGAGACCAAGGGGGGCGAAUUUUGAGCCUUGUGGGGUUUUAAAACUUUUUUGGGGACCACGGACUGUGGGGGACCCCAGUCUGCCUGCCUGCCAUGAAAUUGCAUCCCCGUUGUCUCCUAAGGAGUCGAUUCAGAACUCUGCCCCCACCGUCUAAGGAAGAUUUGGGGGCGUUGAUACUUUACAAAGCCCUACCCCCAACCAUUCCAGUACACAUGAACAUUAACCCCCCCUCAAGAGAUGCUCCACACAAGUAUAAAGAAGGGGGCAAUCUGUUUGCUUAAAGAAAAGGGUAUCCAAUCUGUAUUUUGUUCCCUCCUCACAUUUUUUUUCCUACCAGCAGAUGGCGCCGAGAGAAAUUGGACACCCAUCCCAAGAAUGGGGCUCCUUUUAAACAGAGUUUGCAAAAUCCUUGCUCCCCCUUUUUUCCACAUUCAUAUUCUCACUUUCUCUCUCUCUCUCUUUCUGUCUGCCACAUCCUUUCCCUGAGGGAACCGGAACCUUCUUUUCAAACAAAAACAGACAAAAGAAGAAACAAACAAACAAAAAAAGGAGAACUUUUUAUUUACGCUUUUAUAAACCUUUUUCUCGCAGCGUUUGAAUAAUUAAAAAUAAAAACACUAUAAAUUAACGAGAGGGUGAAAGGGAGAUUCCUGUUAGCUUCGGAGAAGGGGGUACCGUUCGAUUCCCAUAUACAGGAAGUCCCCAUAUGGAAAAGUGGGCAUUUGCUAGGCCGUACUAGGAAUUGCCCUUUUUUCCCCUUGCAGCAGAAUUGUGAUAGGCAAAAGGUAGGGUGCCCUGCUGUGUAUAUGACAGGUGGAGCGUAGCACCUUGGGGUGCCCCUCUGCCACCCCUGCACGGGGCAAGGGUGGCACGAGGCCAGCGAUGGGACAAAAGGGGCGAAAGGAGGAUGUCCCGCCCCGAAGGAGGUUUGGAGAAUGAAGGGCCUGACCGUGAGGAAAGGGGAGAUCUUGCCUUCUAGAGGGUAUAAGAGUUGACCCCUAUGGGGGCAAAAGUUGUGUGCCUUUGGAAAGAAGUGCAAUAGGAGAGACCCUGCAAUAAAGGGGCUGAAAAGAGGAAGUCCCGCCUUUUUCAGGGCGCUCAAGAGUGCAAUACAGGAAGUCCUGCCUUACUGAUGGCAAGGAGAGGCAAUUUAAGGGCAAAAGAAAAUAAAAAAAAUAAAAAAGAGGGCUUUAAAGGGAGUCAGGUGGGGAGGCUCGGUGGGCCCCCCCUGCUGCAUCCCUUCAUGUUCUGGGUGACUGGGAACCAGAGAGGAGAAUCGGUAGAUACAGGAUGACGACGGAGGUCCUCUAGUGUAUUUUUGGGGGUGUCCUCCACAAGGAAUCUCCCGCUCAGCCCCUCCCUGGAUUCUGCAUGAGGAAGCGACUGAUCCUUUGCUGCGUGCUGUGUAUACUGAGAAUGUCUGUAUAGCCGACAAAAAAAAAACAGGAAAAAAAAAAUCCCUUCCCUAGAGUUUUCUACCGCCUGCCCCCACCCCGUCUCCUCCAGUGCUUUGCUCCGGCCUUGAUCCGAAGACUUCCCUUCCCUACCCUGCCCUCUCUCCCUCUUCUUCCUGGUUUGCCUUUUUGACUGGAUAUUUCUUAUUUCGUGUCUUUGGGAUUGACAAAAAAAAAAAAAAAAAACAUUAAAUAAGUCUUGCAGGAAAA